AAGACUCCAACCAUGUCUGGUCAGGGUCUGCAUUUUUAGUAUUAUACGCCUUCCGUUUUACAACCUUAGGAUUUUGGAACACGGCAAUGCACGGCCACACUUCGAGCUAUCGAUUUAUUUUUGUUAAAAGACAAAAUUAAUCCGCAAAGUUGUCGCGAUUAACGUAAAACUAUUCGCCUAGUGCAACCGACCGGAGACCUCACGGCGCCGCCUAUAUAAGUCUACAGACUAAAUACCCGAUAUUUGAGAAACUUAAGUAAAUCAAGUAGGAAAGGCAGCAGCACAACAACAUCGCAAGCUCGCCACGUCAGUGGGAGUGAGCGAGAGCGCGACAAAGAAGCGAACGGGUGACAACAAGGGAGGUAGAUUGAAAAAGGAAAACAUGUUUAGUAACAUUAAGGAGCGUUUUAUAUCGGCCAUUGCACCGGACUUACCGCCUCUGCCAGGUGCAGGCGAGCGAAGGAUUGGUGCCGGAAGCGGCCAUCUUCACAAUUCGCCGCACCAGCGACUUCGGUUCGGUGGUUCCGGUAGUCAGCCGUUGCCGGAUAAGUUCCCCUACGCCCGGCCCCCCUUUCUGCAACUUCUCACAGCGGACGAACUGCGCGCCUCAGCGGACCACAAUGUGCGGCCAAUCAUAGUGCCGCGGGACAUCAACCUGCUGCCCUGGGGCACCGGAUACGCCGAGUGCGUCAAUUCCGGUAAAUCUGAGUGGAACGAGGACCAGGGCGCCUUCUGUCGGCAAGUUCUUUCGGAUCCUGAGCACAAGCACCCAGAUCUUCCGUACACAUACUUCGGAAUUUUCGAUGGACACGCCGGAUAUGGAGCCGCACUAGCCGCUUCGCAUCAGUUCCAUCACAUCCUGCACGAAAAGCUAGUAGACUGCCUGGAGCUGCUCCUGCCACGAGAUGUGGACCCCUCCAGUGGCGGAGGGGAUGGCAUUCAGCUGAAUCCUACAUUCCCGCACCCCAUCUACUUCCAGCGCCGGGUGACCAAGGACGAACUUAUCAUCGGUGCACUGGAAAGUGCCUUUUUCAACAUGGACUCGCUGAUAGCGCAGGACAAUGAUCGUUAUCGAGAUGCCGGCGGCUGCACCGCCUGCGUCUCAUUAUUUAUUGAUGGCAAGAUGUAUGUCGCCAAUGCCGGCGACUCUAGAGCUGUGCUCUGUCAGCGCCGUGCCACUCCUGAUAGGCAACAAACGGAUACGCACUCCAGUAUUGAACCGGAUCCACUAGAAGUUAGCUGUUAUCCAGUGCCGUUCUCCGCUGAUCACACGCCUGAAACAGAGCGAGAACGUCUGCUCAAUGUAGCCAGAUUGAAGCCGCAACUUAUGGGUCAACAUUAUGUGGCAAUGGAGUACGCCAAGCGGCCGCACAUCAAGGAUAUGGGCCAGCGCAUUCUCUGCCGACAGGGCACAAUGCGUGGCUGGACAUAUAAGACGCUGACCAGAGAAGAUCUCCGCAUGCCGGUGGUAAAUGGCGAGGGCAAGAGAAGCCGUUUGUUGGGCACACUGGGAGUGACGCGCGGUUUUGGCGAUCACGACUUGCUGGCCAUUAACACGGGUAUACAGAUAAAACCCUUUCUCACGCCCCAUCCCGAUGUGAGACAGAGGGAUCUUACGCAGGUCGUUUGCAUUUCGGAUGAAGACAACAGGGAUGGAGAUUACGGCGUGCUUGUUAUGGCCACCGAUGGCCUAUGGGAUGUUUCCGAAAACGAGGGCGUUGCACGCAUUGUCUUCCAGACGCUAUCCAAAUAUCCUACGGAGAAGCAUCGCUAUACGAUGGUCGCCCAGGAGCUGGUGGCUCGUGCUCGUGGAAAAAUCAAUGACUCCGGGCAUUGGCGUCUCGCCGAUAGCAAGGCAGCAGCCACUGUUGAUGAUAUCUCAGUGAUUGUCAUUCCGGUUAGCCAGUAUUAUAAGGAACACGUGGAGUGGACACAAAACUACAAACGAGAUCUCGAGCAUCGACGCCGCCAAGCACAGGCCAACAUGGCCCAGGAGGCGGUCACCGUCCUCAACGGCGUAAUGGCCGAGGAAGCUCAGGUCGUUGAGGAGGAGGAGGAGGGUGAGGUGGUUGUGCACGAGGCAAGAACUUCCCAGAAACCACAGCAGGUGGAGGAUGGAGUCGACGAGACCCUGGUGGUAGAACUGGCCCCCUCGCUGGAACAGGUGCAGCUAAAAGACAAGGAUUCUGCAGCGUUUGACAUCGGUAAAAAGGAUAAUGAUAAGGACAAAGAGGCGUCGACGACGCGGCAGCAUCUGCAACAACAGUUUCAAAAGGGUCGCAAAGGCAAGGGAAAGCACUAGGAAAAAUGUCCUGCCACACAGGCCGAUGUAGUUAUAGCCGAUAAUUAUUGGCACAUCUAUAUAUUUUUACACUCAACACACAAGAACAAAUUCAACACAUUUACAGUUUCUACAUAAUUUGCUUAUGUACAAACUAAAUAGCAAGUAAACUUAAUUGCAAUGUACAAUAAUUUUCUGUAAUUAAGUGUAUUUAUUUCGAUCCAAAACAGUUAAUGAAUCAACAAACCGGCAGAGUAAUGGCCCUAAUUUUUCAAAUAACGCAAAUUUAAA